AUGCGGCGUCGCUGCCUGUGGGUUAUCCAGGCAAUCGUCCUGCUAGGCCUGCUCGCUGUAUUUUGCCUCACACAAUUACAGUCCCAGGCGCUUCUACAGCAAGACCCUGGCACGAUCAACCCUCUCAAGGUUGCCAUUCCACAGACAGUCCACCAACUCUUCAUCUCGACACCAGGACCCCGCGGAUCCAGCUUCUAUCCGGAUAGACAUAGCACCUCGUGGCUCCAAUCAGGAUGGAAAGUCGAGUACUGGAGGGAGUCUUCCUGCUACGAACUUGCGCAGGAACUCGAUGAUACUGGGUCAUACGCAGCCACAUUCCAAGCCCUACCCGCUCCUAUCCUUAAGUCCGACUUUUGUCGCUACUUGAUCUUAUUCGGGCGGGGUGGGAUUUACAAUGAUCUUGAUGUCCACCUUCUCCACCCGUUGCCGUGGCCAGUCAUGGGUGCAGUCAACGAUGGCGUUGAUGAACCACCCGCUGUGAUUGUGGGCCUGGAGGGCGAUGCCGCCACAACUGGCCUGCCUCGAUCUCCGCAGUUUGUUCAGUGGACCAUGGCAUCUGUUCCUGGUCACCCCAUCUUUCGUGACGUGUUGCAGUCCAUUGUUGACCGCACAGCCCACUAUAUCUCCACUCAGACCGCAGAGACUGAUGCAGAUAUCGACGUGAUGGGCUGGACCGGUCCCAGUGCCUGGACAGAUGCGGUGCUGGAAUAUCUACAAUGCGAUGAUGAGCAGAUUCAGCAGCUCCGCGAUCUCCACGAGGUGGUUCGCGUUCGCGACGUAAUUAUCCUUCCACGACGAUCCUUUGCUGUCCUCCAGGGCGAAGAUCAGACUGCACCAGAUGUUCUGGUUAAGCAUUAUUUCUCGGGAAGCUGGAAGACGUGUGCUCGAGAAUGGCUUCGCUGGCUGUGGCCUGGGGGUUGUUAA